AAUAUUUAUAUAUUCUCUUUACAGCCUUCUAAGUGCAGUUACGCUUACUGGAAGAAACGUAGCAAUGGAAACAUCGGAUAUAAGAAGUGAGACAGUACAGCAUCUCGGAACUGAAUUUUCUAAGAAAAAAACACUCUGCGACUCCCAUGUGGAUCAGCCUCGUCGUGCGGAAAGUGUAACGCGUUGUCGAACGUCCGUUAACGUCGGUUGGAUUGACGGCUGGACGCUUCCUCGCGUCUGUAAGGGCUCUGUUUUAUCCCCCAGGUUCCAUCGCUAAGGUAUUACCGUCCAGGCGAUAAAGUAAACGCUACAGUGAGUAUUUACAGGGAAAACGUCAAAAAAAAAAAAGAAAAAGAAAAAAAAAAGAAAGAAGGAAGCACAGUCUACCCGAAUGACGUAAGGACGGCCUAAGAAAAGUGUCUCUUAUGAUAUCUUAUUUAAUCAAGCUCAUAUAAAUAUAUUGGAUAUUUACGAUUACGUGAUACGCUAUUUUCAGACUGCUUUGUUAAUACUGGAAACGUGUAGGGUUACAGUAAUUACAGUGGGACACGUCAGGCCAACGCGACGUAAUGUUCACGUGGAGCUAUCACGCUGCCACGUGAGCUUCUCUGCAAAGGGUUGCACUAAACUCACCCCUUUCGUUUCACCUUGCCGCCACUGUUCUUAUGUCGGGGGAGGCACCGAAAACUCUUCCGCUUGUACAACUAACUUGUAUGGAGUGGAUUCUUUUACUUGAGAAAAGUCCUGGAGUCUCUUCCUUAUGAAACGACUUGGUAGGGUUUCGUCAUUUGAAAUACUCCUGGUGUAACGUUGAACCAAGGAAUUGCCAGGUUAUCAACAUCUCAGCUGAUCUCCGUUACUUGGAAGUAUCGAUUUCAAGGGGUAAGGAAAUAUACAGAGGCAAUGCCUGACGUUUAUGAGAAUCCCUGGUUACAAAGGAUACCGGGGAUAACAUGGGGGGCAGUACCGUCUCAACUGAAAUUUAUCAACAUGCUAAAUCGAAGAUUUCACAGCCGAACUACUUUUACGGAUAGCAACGCUGAUUGUAUUCCUGAGGUUCCACCACCCACGCCGGCUCUUGGUCAAUUCAAGUAUCCCGCUUUGUGUAUUUCCAAGAAGACUCCCUCCUUCUAUUCUAUCCAGGGUAAGAAUCUCUGCGAUAUAAUUUCACGAAUGAAUUCCAAAACUGAGCCAACGGAAGAAGAAUGUGCGAUUAUUCAAGAGAGUCAUAUCGAGACGAAUUCAACGGUACGGAAUGUGUAUAAUACAGCAGGCUAUGUUUUUCCAAAAAGUGGAGAAACGAAGAUGUAUUUAUGGCAAGUGCCAAAUAUCGGAAAAGAAAGAUUCUAUGUAUUCCAAGAAAUUCUUAUAAAUCCUGUAAUGUCAUUAAGAGAUCAAGUGUCACUUUCCUUGAGUUCAAACUUUAAUCUGUCUUGAAGAGUUUUACGGGUAAAAGUAACGAGAGCAGGUCAAGCAAGGAUUUCUAAAUUAUUCUGAAACACGUGUUGUUCAUCGAUCCAUUCUUGAAAAGGUCCACUCGACCGAUCAGCAAUCCUUGUAAGGGAUCCUUGGGCAAAAGGGCUGAGAAUGUUCACGUGAGUGGAAAAAGCUCCUUUGCGAUAAAAGAUUUCUAGAGUCCAUUUGGAAAGACGAGAUUUCUUUAUAUAGCCGCCGUUUGAGCCUUAGAAUUUUAAAAGUCUAUCAAAGUUCUCUUCAACUAAUUAUAUACCAUGUAGUAUAUUUGUAAAAUCACAGCAGUGCAAUAAAUAAUCUGUUGUAACUUGAAAAUUUAUGAAGAAAUCUGCAAUAAAUACUUUCGAUAAACUCAUCCAUUGUUAUUCGCGUAUUAAACGAAGCACUACAGAACACUACUCUGGUUCAACAAGUGCUUGAAAAAGAAACUUAUUGUAUUUGAUCUUGUUAUUAAAAUAAGAAUGACAUCAUUAAAACUAGAUAUUUUCAUGAAAUUAUGUAUACCCAUCCGAUCUAAAUUUCAAUUUACAAGUUUCACUGCAAUUAAAAUCGCUUCAUACGGUCGACGUACCCGUAUAAUGGAAAUCUGCAAACUCUCCAGCAUUUAAUACAAUUAAUGCAAAUGCAAAGGGGGGGGGGUGGCAGAUAUGAAGGGACAAAACGAAUGGCGAUAUAGGCAUAAGCGAAUUACGGGAAGGGUAGGUGGAAAGAACGCAAACCAAUGGCAAAUUCGAUGACGGAUAAUAAUCAUAAGAAUAAAGUGCUACAAAGGAUAUUGCCACGAUCCUUAAGUCUGAUAAUAAAAUUGUUUCUAAUUAGAGAUUGUUAUCGACAAACAAGAAAAUUAAUACAAGUCAAGAAGCUCGAGCUUCGUGAUCUUCACGAUCGUGUUACGGUGACUUAGUUAAAAUUUGUGUGCCUUAGAAUGUUAUUAGUUUCUGGUUUAAUAUUAGAACCAGGGAAGAUAACGAAGGAAAAUAUUUAAGUACAAAAUAAUCGAUCUACCCAGUGUUACUGAAUAUGCACUCAAUAAUUGAAUUAUCCAUGUUUAUUAUAUUAUAUUUGUUAUAUGUAUAAUGCAAUUUUUAAUAUAUUAUAUAUCUAUUGUACUAUAUGAGUAAAAAAGUAUUAUUUCAUGCA